CAGCUAUCAGUGCAAGCCAUUUCGUAUAUAUAUUCGGAAUUUCGUAAUAAGUAUCAUCAAGUAUCAAGUGUCACAUCUGAAAUGUACCUCUCAUUAGGAUGAGCCGUGUUUGGGUCAUGCCUCAACUCUGGGCCCUUCUUAUUUUGGCACCAGCAUAUAUGUAUGUUGGCCAGGCGCAGCGUAUGGUGACGAUCCAGGACGGCCCGCUGUACCGAGUCAAGGGCUUCCACGUAGCCAUUACCUGCAGCGUCAGCGGCUUCAAGGGCAAGGCUGAGCAGGACUUUGGCUUCUCGGCCUACCGGGCCACCCGGCCUGAGCAGGAGAUCCAAAUCAUCAGCACAGAGGGUGCCGGCUUCACCUACGCCGCCUUCUCGAAACGAGUCAGAGGCAAGGACAUCUGGAUCGAGAGGCUGUCCGGGUCAUCGGUCGUCUUCCACAUCAACAAUGCUCUUCUGGAGGAUACUGCGGAGAUCGAGUGUCAUACCCCGAACACAGAUGGAGCCUAUUUUGGAACCUACAAUGCUAAAACAUCACUGCAUGUGGUGGAGGACACCCUGACUGCCAUCUAUUCUGGAUCCAGCUCCAAGUCUAUGUUUGAGGGAGACCCCCUUCUGCUGGAGUGCCAUGCCUCCAGCCAAACCUUCCAGCAUACCCACUUGUCUGUCACCUGGCUUCUCCAUGGCAACGGUGAAGCCGAACCCCGCCCCAUCAUCAGCCUGGACCGUGAUCUGACGGUGCGGCCGGGGGCGGUCUACGAGGAGCGCUACAAGUCGAGGCAGGUGGUGAUCGAGAAGGUGGAGGAGACCCGGUACCAGCUGCGCAUGGUCAAGCUGCAGCAGGGUGACCAGGGCAGGAUCUUCUGCCGGGUCCAGGAGUGGAUACAGGACCCCGACCACUCCUGGGUCAAUGUCGCCGAACGAGACGCUCAAGCUGCAGACGUGGCCGUCAAAGCUGUCGACGUAGCUGCAGACUCGUUCGCCGCUCGCAUCGAUGUGGCCAAGGCUGACCUCCAGGAGGGUGAGGCAGUGGAGGUGCGCUGCAGCGUCCAAACCCAGAAGCUUCCGGAACUCUUCUUCACCGUGGCCUGGUUCAAGGGUGAGCAGGAGCUGGUGCGCCUGGGGCCGCUGGGAAGACUGACCGUUGCUUCAGCAUACGAGAGUAGAGAACGUGAGGGCGAGCUACGGGCGGCCAAGACCACAGAGAAGGACUACCUGCUGACCCUGCGGCCAGUCAGUGCGGAGGACCAGGGGGCAUAUCAGUGUCGGGUGUGGCUGGAAAAGAGGGGCCCCAGUGGGGUGUUCAGCCAGGGUCAGAGCAAGCAGUCUCAACCCCAGCAGGUCACCAUCACUCCUAAAGUGAGUGGACUGAGGGUCUCCAUGGUACCGAGCCUGAGUGUCACUGAGGGGGCACCCCUCACCCUGUCCUGCAAAGUGUCCGGGCCACACGGCGAGCUCUCUGUCGCCUGGCGACACAGGAUGGACUCACAGGGCAGCUUGUUCAGCGAUGUCAUCAGCCUGAGCCGUGAGGGCGUGAUGGAACUGGGCCCCCAGUUCAGUCAGCGGCCAGCGUUGCGGACGUUCCAAUUGGCUGAUGGCACCGUCGUCCUGGAGAUGGGUGAGGCCGGUGUUGCGGACGCCGGCGUCUACGAGUGCACCGUGUCCGAGUGGAGCAGGGACAGUGGCGGAGAGGUCAAGACAACGUUCAGCCCAUCGCAGGAGUGCUCUGUCCAAGUGACGACACUUGAUGAACUGGUAAAAGUGGCCUUGAGAAGUCGUACUGUCAACGUGGAGGUGAACAAAGAGAUCCGGCUUCUGUGUGAUGUGAGGGCCCCCAAAGUGCCUCUGUCUGUGACCUGGCUGUACCUACAAACUCCAUCCUCCAAGCCACAGACCGUGGUCUCGUUGCUCCACACGGGGGACGUGAUCUGGGGCAGAGAGCGGGGCGGGUACCAGCUCAGCACCAUCGUGAGCGCGGAACACAUGCAAUACGCGCUGGCCGUGACCAAGGCAAGCCUCCGCAACAGCGGCCUCUACAAGUGUGAAGUGGGCGCUUACUUGAGGCAAACGCAGAGAGCCAACAAGCCAUCACACCCUCUGGGAGUACAAGUAUGGAAGCCAGCCAGCACGUCAUCAGUCACCCCCUCCCCUCCCCAGAGAAGCGUCUUCAACUCUGACAUCCAGGUGUCGUGCACGGUUGCCAAGGCAACCUCCAACUCCUCCCGCUUUAAUGUCACCUGGCAUGUGGGCGGCCGCGUGGUCGCCGGCAGCGACCGUGACGGCAGUGUGAUGCUCCACGACGCGGGCAAGAGGACGGGCAUGAGCACGCUCCCGGGGCCGACCUUUCAGCUGGCGCUACGGCAGACAGGUGCCAGUGACAGUGGCGUCUACAUGUGCCAGGUGCAGGAGUGGCUCCAGGACCCCUCUGGGGAGUGGUACUCCCUCCCGUCCCAGAACGCUACCGUGGAUGUGACGAUCAGCGAAAAACCUGCUCCUGUCAAAGGCUCCCCGGACGUCACGAUUCCCGUGUGCAUUGUCAUCAUGUUGAUUUUGGCCGGGGCCUUGGUAUUUCUGGCUGUGAUGUUACGCAAGGCAACCAAAUCUCAGAAAGUCAAUAAGAACUCCCUUUGGGCCGAGAGCAACCCAGCAAACCAGGCCGAAAGGUUUUUAAGACACGAGGAAACAAAGGCAGAAGCAGCGAUGUGAAAUGUCGAAAGCUUGGUCUUAACUCGGAGGUGCACUCAGGGUACCUUUCCUUUCACACAAGACUUCUGCUUGCCUUCUCAAACUGGCUGCGAUCAUACGUGUGGCUUGAAGCAACAAUUUUGCACCGCUUUUUAAAAAAAUCAGAAAACAUAUUUUAAUAUUUGCUCUUGUGGAGAACAUCAGUGUUAUGACGUACAAUUACCAAAGAAUUAGGAGAAUGGGGAAGUGAAAUUGCGGAAGGAGUUGCCACAGCAUUUCAGAUGAUAUUUAUCACAGCCAUGGACUGUGGAGAAUAAUGCCUUAUGCUACAGUAGCGUUGCCUUUUGAUUUUGAAGCCAUUGCAUGUCAUCAUACACCCCCCCCCUCUCUCUCUGUGUCUACUUGAGUGCUGUGAUCAUCUCCAUCACUGCAUUUGAAGGAUAGCAGGAUGCAGCACUUUCUCAGAUGAGUUAUGUGUGUUCUUCCCCUAACUUUGAAGUGCACUUGUUUUUUAUUAUGUUCAUCCCCAAGUUGUGCAGGAUGCUGCUGUAAAGAAGAAAGUGGGUAAAACUUGCGGUGAGGUGGCAGAAGUAGUAUACCAUACCAGUAUAGAAGUAGUGUACCAUACCAGUAUAGAAGUAGUAUACCAUACCAGUAGUAUACCAUACCAGUAUAGAAGUA